GAGCGGCCAUGCGCUCGGUGAGCUACGUCCGCCGGGUGGCUCUCGACUUCGGCGGCAGCCUCUUCCCGCGCGCCGUCUCCCUGGGCGACGCCGACAACGACGCGCUGAAUGAACUAGUGGUAGGGGACACCAAUGGAAAGCUGUUUGUAUACAAGAAUGACGACAGUCAGCCUUGGACUGUGCGUUCCUGUCAAGGAAUGCUCACCUGUGUUGGCGUUGGAGACAUAUGCAAUAAGAAAAAGAAUUUGGUGGUGGCGGUGAGUGCGGAAGGCUGGUUCCACCUCUUUGACGUCACCUCUCCCUCCAAGCACGGGGAUGCCCCGGGUCACCACGAGCUCCUGACCUCAGACGACCCCAAGCUGGCCUUUAAGCAGCACAUCCCAGCCAACACCAAAGUUAUGCUGAUUAACGACAUUGAUGGAGAUGGAAAAAAUGAAUUGGUGAUAGGCUACACGGACCGGGUUGUCCGAGCCUUUCGCUGGGAGGACUCGUCCGAGGGUCCUGACCACAUCUCUGGACAGCUGGUGCUGCUGAAGAAAUGGCUGCUGGAAGGACAGGUGGACAGCCUCUCGGUCAACCCCGAUGCCGACGGCUCUCCCAAGAUGAUGGUGUCCCAGCCAGGCUGUGGUUACGCGGUCUUACUCUGCACCUGGAGACAAGAGCCGCAGCCUCCCCCAGAGGCCUCGGACGGGUCUGCAUCCAACAGGGAAAGCUCCAUCCGGGACGUCAUUCUUCACCAGACAUCAGGCAGAAUUCACAACAAGAAUGUUUCCACUCAUCUUAUUGGAACCAUUGGCAGAGGUCGCUCGAAGGAGCCCAAAGGCCUGGGUCUGUUUGCCCUCUGCACUUUAGAUGGAACCUUGAAGCUCAUGGAGGGGGCCGACAAGCUGCUGUGGUCUGUCCAAGUGGACCAUCAACUUUUUGCUCUUGAAAAACUGGAUGUCACGGGAAACGGUUACGAGGAGGUGAUCGCUUGCGCGUGGGACGGACAGACGUACAUCAUCGAUCACAACCGGACCGUGGCCAGGUUUCAAGUCGACGAAAACGUGAGCGCCUUCUGCGCCGGCUUCUAUUCUUGCAAAGGAGGCCACAACAGCCCUUGCCUGGUCUACGUCAGUUUCAACCAGAAGAUCUACAUCUACUGGGACAUCCAGUUGGAAAGGAUGGAGUCCACCAAUUUGAUGAAGAUGCUGCAAAAUCAUUCGGAAGGCCGAGAGCUGCUGCUUCAGCUGGAUGUCGCUAAAGAUGACGUUUCCGCCGUCAGAGAUCUGAUUCACAAGACCUUAUACUGCCCCAAGAAAGCAGCUCCAUAGUCACAGCGCGGCUUCUCACGGCCCCGGAACUCCGUCUGCAGCACUCUUGGUAUAUACGCUUCGCCAGGCUCGUUCGGACCGAUUCUCCUUGUUGGGGCCCUGUGUUCCAGUCCUGCCAGGGCAUAAUCAGGAACGAGCAGCUUACGAUAGAAAGCUUACGGCCAGCAGCCUCAGUGACUCUAAAAAGCUCAGAGGUUUACGGCACGCCGCAUCCACGGUGAAGUUCAAUUGCCCGUCGAAAAGCACCGGGUUGAAUACGCCGAUGUGUCCGUGUCGAUGUGUAAAUGAAUCGUUGGGAUUAACCUUGUUUUGUUACGGCUUAAUUUUCUUCCCCUUUGAAGAAAAGCUUCAAUAAAGAAAACUCUGGCAACAAA